AUGGCUAAAGAAGCUGCCGUCGAUCCCUUGGACGAAUCCUCGCGUACUGCCGUGGCCAGUCUAUCGGCUGCUCCUGCCCUGCGAAUCAUCCCUCCACUCAACUUCUGCCCCGUUGAAAAACAGUUGUACAGAUCCGGCCAGCCGUCGCUCAUAAACCAGUCUUUUCUCGAGCAGCUCAAUCUAAAAACGAUAUUGUGGUUGGCCAGCGAAGAGCCUAUGGAGGAUUUUCUCGACUACUGUCUGGGGAACAACAUCAACAUUGAGUUUGUUGGGCUAAUCAAUGACUACAGCUAUACCAACAUCAAUCCGUGGGACUCGCUUGACGAGCGCACCAUUAAGAAGGCAUUGGAACUUAUUUGUAAUCAGGAUAACUAUCCACUCUUGGUUUGUUGCGGGAUGGGACGCCAUAGAACCGGUGCAGUGAUUGGAUGCUUGAGACGACUUCAGGGCUGGAACUUGGCCAGUGUGUCUGAGGAAUAUAGGCGCUUUACGGGAGCACGCGGGGGACGUAUAUUGGUGGAGUUGUUGAUCGAGAGCUUCGAUGUGCUGAGUGUAGAGGGUGAUCCGGCUAAGCUUCCGGAAUUCUUGAGAUAA